CCUUUUUUUAGCUUCCCACUCUCUCUCUAACACAAAGGAAGAGAAUGCCAGAGGGCUCACAAGCUUUGCAGAGAGACAAAUAGGCUUAUAGCUCUCUGUUUUUGCUCUGUUCUUUGCUCUGCUUUUUGGGUUUUUGGGCUUUGAAGUUUUUUUUUUUCUUCAUGUGAUGGAGAAGCACAAGUGUAAGCUAUGCUCGAGGAGCUUCUCCAAUGGCAGAGCUUUGGGGGGUCACAUGAGGUCUCAUAUGAUGAAUCUUCCAAUUCCUGAAAAACCAGACUACACGCCACCGCCGCCGCCGCCGCCGCCGCCACGGCAGACAACACCACACGACCAACUCAGUGAAACAGAGUCUGCUUCAUCAUCAUCAUCAUCUUCUGAGGAGGAGGAGGAUGAAGAAAAGGGUGUCUUUUAUGGGCUGAGAGAGAACCCAAAGAGAAGCAUUCGGUUGGUAGAUCCUGAGUUUUCCUUUGCUGUGGAUGCUGGCUCUGUUGUUCUUCAAGACAGAGAGAGCGAGACCGAGUCAUCCAAGAACCCGACUCGGCGACGAUCCAAGCGGACUCGGAAUUUGGAUCAAAAGUACCUCUUUCACCACCAUCAUCAUCAUCAGCAGCAGCAGCAGCUGCUGCUGAAACUUCAAGAACAAGAAGAGCCGGAGCCGGUGAGUUCGAUCUCCGACACAACCACUGAGGAAGAUGUCGCCUUUUGCCUAAUGAUGCUCUCAAGGGACCAAUGGAAGAAGAAGCAAGAACAAGACUUCGAAGAGGAAGAUGAAGAAGAAGAAGAACAACAAGACCAAGAAGACGAAGCAGAGAGAUCCUUGGAGGACAGCGAAGAGUCCGAGGAACAACUUCUCAAGCUGUCAAAGGCUCGCACGCGAGGAAAGUACAAGUGCGAGACAUGCAACAAAACGUUUCGAUCUUAUCAAGCACUUGGUGGGCACAGAGCGAGCCACAAGAAAAUCAAGCUUGUGAAUUCCGGUCGUCCCAUUUACGAGGCAGAAUUUGAGCAAGAGAAGAAGAUUCACGAGUGCCCAGUUUGUUUCAGAGUUUUUGCGUCCGGACAAGCACUCGGCGGCCAUAAGAGGACCCAUGUAACAGGCUCAGCAAAUCAUCGGCCACCUUCUGUUAAAAUUUCAGCCAAGCUUGGUGAAGCUUUGAUAGAUCUUAAUCUCCCAGCUCCAAUGGAUGACGAUGAUAUCAGCCAAAUCGAGCUCUCUGCGGUUUCUGAUGCAGAAUUCGUCAACCCCAUUAGGCAAUGAACUUCAUCAGCAUUGAAUUUUCCUGGUUGACUCCAAAGAAUUUGUAGAAGAAAAUAAAGAAAUCAGCUUCCAAGCUGUUGUAGUGAACUGUUCCACCAUUCUUUUUUUGCUGAAUAUUUUUU